UCACUGUCAUCAUUGCCCGUCAAGCACGAGCAUUGACUUCCCUUUCGUGCUCGUUCCUCCUCUCUCCUCACUCAUCCUUCUUCUCUUCUCUUUCUCUUGAUCACGUUUCCUCUCAAUUGUCUUUUUAUUUAUCCUCAUCCCCGCUAAUUUGGUGAUGCACUGUCCCUUUACCUCUUAGCCUCCAAGCGUCCACAGAUCAGCAAUUGGUCUUUACUCUUCUUCUCCAGACAUUUGGAUACAAUAUUUGGCUACCAAUAUCAUUAGAAACUCUUUGUCAGUUUCAUUUACACUUUGUUUAUUAGCGGUGCUAUCUUUGCUCUGGCUUACCUAUUAGACUUUCUCCUUUCCCUCCCAUCUCGAGUACAUAAUUCUCAUUUUCGGUAUCAAUUGACGAUAUUUGAUGAUGGCUUCUCAAGUACAGAGCGGCGAUGUUAACGGUGGGGCCAAGUCCCUUGCAGCCAUGCUGGAGGAGGAGCAUGCCCGCAAUGAGGCGCAUAAGGUGACGGUGGAGGAUACCGUGGACGAAGAGGAUCAGCUGCAUCCCCCUCCAUCAUUGGGAAAGGACCAACAGACUGCUCCCGCCCAACCCACAGCUGCAGUCGAGGAAGCAGUCGCCGCUACGCCCUCGGCUCCCAAUCCGGCUCCUAAAAAGUCGCCUGCUUUUGAUGUCCGCUCCGAGGAGCUGUUCCCCGCCUUGGGAAGUGGCCCUAAGCCCAAGGCACCUGCUGCAGCCACUUGGGGUGCCAGGCCCUCUGCCGCUGCUGCUCUUGCCAACGGUGUCGCUGGACGCCCACAAGCGACAGCGGGCGAUGUUCCUAGAAUCAUGAGUCUUCCCGGCAAACACAUGGAGCAGCUUCGUUUAGCGCCCUCUCAGAUGAUGCCGCGAGCACAGCUCAAGAAGCCCCUGAAGGAUAUUCUCCGUGACAUCUCCAGGCGCUCAAAGGCCACUGUCGAUAUGCGGGGUGGCCCUGGAGGCUCGAUCAUCUUUGAGGGCAGAGGCUCGGUCGAGUCCGUAAGACAGGCUCUCAAGGAGGUUGCACAGCAAGUAGGAUCCAAGCAAUCGGUCCGCGUUCCCAUCCCAACAUCCGCCCGCGCCCACAUUAUCGGCCGGCAAGGUGCCAUUGUGCAAGACAUUCAACAACGGACGGGUGCACGUGUCCAAGUGCCCCGCGCCGAUGACUCGGCCGCAAAGGACGACGAAGACGACAACGACACGAUCGACGUCCUGAUUGAGGGUGACGCCGUUGCGGCAGAGAUGGCACGCCGGGAAAUUGAAGCUAUCGUUAAGGAGCGGGCCUCCAACAUGAGCCUGCGACUAAAGUCGAUUCCGGCCGAAUUUUUCCCCUUCAUUGCGGGUGCGCAUAAUGCGAACCUGAAAGCUAUCGAGGAACGUACCAAGGCUCAAGUGCAUGUGCCUCGGUAUGAUACAUGGCAGAGCCAGCCUCCCCCGCAGGAGGCUGAGCCUGGACGUGUGCAGUUUGUCCCAGCUUCUGAUAAGCACAUUCAGAUCACUGGAGAGCGCACUGCUGCACAGGAAGCUCGCGCCGAAAUCGAGAGGCUUGCCGCCGAUCUCCAGAGGCGACUAACCCUUCGGCAGUUGGCCAUCAACCGCGGGCAGCACCAGUUCAUCCUCGGGGACGGCGUCAAUGGUCUUCAUGACUUCCUUGCUGAUACGGGCUGUGCUAUUGUGCUACCACCGGCAUCCGAUGACAGUGAAUUCCUCACCAUCACCGGACCGCAGGACUGCAUCGAGGCUGGUAUCAAUCGGGCAAUGGAGCUUGCUACGAGCAUGCAAAUGGCCAGCAUUGAUUUGUCCCGUCAACAUCCCAACGCUCCUGCCGGACCUCAUGCACACGCACGUGCCCUCACUCGGUACCUUCAGCAACGACAGAUCAUUCGGCAAUUGGAGCAGAUGUACGAUGCUCGUAUUGCACUCCCGCCUAGCGCUGACGGCCCUGUGACCUGGGAGGUUUACUCGCGGGAUGGCAAGAAUACUAUCCGUGCACGGUCUGACAUCAUGAACUUGGUCCAGGCUCACCCUCCUGCAAGGCUUCGCUAUGUCUCUGUCGAUCCUUACUACCACCCGUACCUUGAGUCCCAUGGUCUCGGCAAGCUCCGGAGUGAUUACGGUGUCCAUCUUCUCAUCCCGGAUGAGCUGGAUAGCUCCGAUGUUGUUCUCGUCUAUGAAGGACCGUCCGCCGCCAACUCGCUGCCCGAAAUCCCCCGCCAGAGGCCAUCCCCGGCUGAGGUGGCUGCCUUUGAAAAGUCCCUGCAGGAAGCACAGGAUUUCCUUACGCAGCUGCUGGGAGACCAGAAUGAUAUCGUUGCUAAGUCCGUUAAAGUUCCUGCUAAGUACCAGGAGAAGGUACGCAAAUUCAUCGCCCGCGAACAGCAGGCAAAGGGUGAUGCCCAGAUUCCUGUCCGUGCUCUCGUUGGAGAUGCUCGCAAUGAUAAGUGUGACGUAUCUCUGCGCGGUCCAUCCCGUCAAGUGGAUGAGUUGGUGUCAAAGCUGCAGGACUUCGUAGUGGAGCAGGAGAAAGAUGACCUCGAAAGAGGCUACACAAUCUCGUUCGACUUCCCUCAGAAGUUCGCAAACUUCCUCAUUGGCAAGCGAGGCGAGAACAUCAACAAACUUCGCGAGGAAUUCGAUGUUGACAUCAAGGUUGACAACGGCAAGGUCGAAGUCAAAGGACCCAAGGCUAAAGCGGAUGCUGCCAAAGCCCGCAUCAUCAAUCUGGGAAAGAAACUGGAGGAUGAGACAACUCACAUUCUGAAGAUCCCCGCACAGUACCACCGCGAACUUAUCGGCCAGAAGGGAAGCCAGGUCAACAGACUGCAGGACCGCUACUCUGUCCGCGUUCAAUUCCCCAGGGCGGCUGUUGCAACGCCUAGCUUCGACGAUCAAUCCGUGGCAGACACUUCUAGCGAAGUCGGCGGCUCUCGUCCUAUCCGCCCCAAUCAGGCCCCUGAUGAAGUCAUCAUCAAGGGCCCGAGCAAGGGUGCGGAUGCCGCCAGAGAUGAGAUCUUGAGUCUGUUGCAGUGGGUCAUUGACCACUCUCACUCGGCUACAGUAUCUGUCGCUCAAAGUCAGAUCCCAUCCCUGAUCGGCCAGCGUGGCCGUGAGAUGGACAAGCUUCGCGCUGAUACCGGGGCGCAAAUCGACGUUCCGGGAGCCAAUGACGCGCCCGACGCUUCGGGUCGUGUGCAGAUAAAGAUCAAGGGCACAAAGCAGCAGGUCGAGGAAGCAAAGAAGAUCCUGGUGCAGCGUUCCAGCGAAUUUGACGCUAUUGUCACCAAGACGAUUGAUGUUGACAAGAAGCAUCACAAGGCUUUGAUCGGCGCUGGCGGUAAGUUUGUGAUGAUAUAAGUAUCUCGUCCAUCUUGGAAACUGACUCGAUGCCCAGGUGCGAACAUUCGCAAGAUCGUUACCGAAGCCGGUGGUCCUACCGACGGAAGUGC